AUGGGUAAUAAUGAGACUAGCCAUUCGAAAAAAAAGAAAUCUGGAAUAUCUGCUUCAUAAUUUGGAGAUAUAUUUAUUAAAACUGAUAAACCAUAUUAUUUCUCUGGUGAAGUUGUACUUGGUAUAAUUAAUUUUUACAAUUAUGUAGGAAAUAUAUAUUUAAAUGUAAUUAGGGAUGGAUUUCCAGGAUGUGGAGUUUAUUUGAGAGUCUUAGGCAAAGAGAAAUGUAAAUGGACAGAAACAUCAACAAGCACUUCAACUGAUUCAGAAGGUAAUACAUCUGAAAGCACAACUACUUAUACAUAUACAGGAAAGUCAUAUAUUUAUUAACAUAAGUUGGAAUUACAUAAUUUUGAAAGUCCUUCACUACCAUUAGGGUAAUUUGUAUUUCCUUUUUAAUUUUAACUUUUCUCUCAUCUACCUGGUUCAUAUUAUGAAAAGGAUUUAGCCUAAAUUAGCUAUAAAGUUAAAGCUGCUGUUUUAUCUAAAAAAUCCUCUUAUAAUUGUAUUAUUAACAGUCAACGAUUAAUCAUAAGAGAACCAAUACGAUAAAAUAAAAAACCUUUGAAUGGUCAAAUGUUGGUUCAUUCUCAGGAUUGUUGUUUUCCAAGUGAUGGAGUAAUAAAUAAAUUCUAUUUAUAGGCUUGUCAUGUCAAUUGUAGUAUUGAUAAACUUAAUUAUCUUCCAGGAGAUGUAGCUUAUUUAUAAAUUAACAUUGAUAAUUCAAGCUUAGAUGAACAAGUGAAUUCCAUUUCUAUAAUUUUAUUGAAUACUUUGACAUUAACUGAUGAUUAAGGCCGAUAAAAAUUCUAAAAUGAAAUAGUUGCAUAGAAAUAGAUUUAAGGAGUUCCAUCAAGAAGCAAGGAUAAAAAGAAUGUACAGUUUAUUUUGCAAAAUAAUAAAUCACCUUAAGAAAUAUAACCAUCCGCAAAUGGCCGUUUAGUGAAUUCAGUUUAUUCAUUAUAGAUUAAGGUUAAUUUAGAUUGUAAAAUAAUUUUAUAUUUUAGCUGAUUCCUGCUGUGGUAAAGAGGAUCCAUCAAUUGAUUUUCCUAUUUAGAUUGUUGCUUUAGUGCCUUAAAUAGAUCCAAUUAUAGAAGAACCUCCUAAUUGGAAUCCUUAAAUUUUUGAUAUAUAAAAGUUCUAUCUUACUGAUAGAAAUAAGGAAAAUAGAAUUGUUGAUAAUUAAGAUGAAUCAAAUGAAUAAAAUUAUAAGCUUUAAUCUUAAAAAAGAAACUAAAUAUAGGAUAUGUAGUAGCAAAUGAAGGAAUGA